AUGGACGCUCCACCAACAUUGAAACGGCCUCGGGAAGAGGAUGCCGGAUUUGGGGAGAAACGUUUGCGGAAGGAUCCUGCCGAUGAGCUCACUUCCAAUGUUUGCGGUGAUAUAUGCUCGCUCGACCCCCGGUCCAUCGAGGACAUUGCUUACAUCUCCAACCCUAUCGUCAUUGAGUUCGAGAAAAUCGACAAGUUGAGAAACUUGUUUCUUUCGACGGUGUUUGCCAUGAUCACCGAACAGCUGUCGAAACUUCAUGUGGUAUCCGACCUUGUCAUCAUUUGUAAUGCCAAAAAUAUGGUGGUGGGCAAGUACGUCAUCGAGUAUAUCCACCAAAAAUUGCAGGAUGCCAUCACCGCCAGUGAAUGGAAUAAGGUGAAGAUCAUCCUCAAGUUCGUCGCCACUUUAGCUCCCAUCAUCACUGAAGUGCGGCCUCUUUUCCAACAAAUCUUGCAGUUCGCCAUUGACUCCAAGCUUGAUCAAUUGUACUAUGGUGUGUGCAUUGCCAUUCCGUAUCUCUUUGCCAACAGUCAGGAUGUUGAGUUACCCAAUGAAUUGAUUGAGCUUGCCCUGAACUACACUGUGGAGCUGGUGCCGCUGGAGUUGUACAACAAUGGCAUCGGUGCUGACGAAAACCAAGUGUACAGCUCAAUUUUCGCCGCUGUCAAGCAAUUACAAGGCGAAGACAAGCUGUGGACAGCGCUACAAGGGAAGCUUUUCACUCAUCGUCAGCAAGUGACGGCGCCCAUCAUCGAGGAGGCGCUCCAAAAUAAUCCGAUUUCUAAGGAGAUGGUGCAACACUCUUUACCUCAGGUGGCUCUUCCAGAUGAGCCCAAGCCGCUGAAGUUGUCCCCUCGGUACUCUCAUAUUUACAACCAUCAGACGCUGUUUGACACUGUGCCGCCAAUCACAACCUACCAGGGGCUUUUCUUCCGCGACAUCAUCGCCGAUACCGUUAAUCUGUUGCACUUUGCCCCUGUUGAAGCUGGCAUUACCAUGUACCAACUCGACCUUGCUUUCCCUAUCGAUUUAGCUCCGGAGCUGACUCUGAUUGAACAAUUAGAAAUGAUCGACAAGGAUAAUCAACUGGGGGAAAAUCAGCCUCCUUUGCUGACCUGGAAGACGGAAGAUGUUGCCGUGGAGAACAUUGUCAACUUGCUCUUGCUGCUUCCUAACCCUGAACACCACUGCGUGUUUUACUUCAAGGUGUUGUUGGUCAUUUGUCAUGAAAGUCCUGCCAAUGUCGCUCCAGUGUUCGGCAGAGCCAUCCGGUACUUAUACCUGCAGCUUGAAACUAUGGACUUUGAGUUGCGUACUCGCUUUGCUGACUGGAUGCUGAUUCAGCUUUCUAACUUCGAUUUCUCCUGGAAGUGGGACGAAUGGGUUAAUGAUUCGCAAGAACUCGAUCGUAACCACCCCAAAAUCAACUUCAUUGCUAACUUGAUUGGUAAGGAAAUUCGGUUAUCGCUGAAGAAGAGAAUCAAGGAGCUGUUUAUCGCUCAAGACGAAGAAGGCGAAGUGGUCAAUUUGGAAGAAUUUUACAAGUACUUGGAGACUCCCUUAUACCCGGAAAUUCCUGUUGCUGAAUUUAUCCGCCAAUAUGAUGACGAUCUCUUGGGCAACUCCUUUGCUGACCUUUUGACGGCUUUCUACAACGAGCGGGCCAGCUUCCUUGAGGAGAAGCCACUCGUGUCGGCUCAGGAUGAAGUAGUCUUCCCUUACACUGCUCCCGACAUGCCAUUGCGUGACAUUGCUGAUAGAGUUUACGACUUUUUGGUGUCGACCUAUCCUCGUACCAACCCCGAGUUUAAGGAGUUGUGUAAUGACGUUGUGGAAGCGGCUAUGGGUCAAGGUUUGAGCGACCCCACCCGGUACAUGGUCAAUUUGUUGGUACAAACUUACUGCUAUGUCGGUUCGCGGUCGAUUUAUUCGGUAGUUUCAUUGUUCUCGAGAGACUUAGCUAAACUUAAGUUUCUUAUGGGCUUGGAGCUGGAAGAAGAUUUUGAGCAGCCCGCAUUGAGCGAUGAAGAGGUGGCGCAACGUCAACGGUGGUUCAUUGAUGCUGUGGUACGGGUGUGGUAUCACCACCCGCAAAUGGUGUUCUUGAUCCUUGAACAUGUAGUCGACUUCGACUUGGUGGCGGUGAAUUUGGUGUUGGAACGCUAUUUCGCUCAUGAUCUUGUCGUCGGCAACUAUGCUUGCUAUGACUCGGUGGUGCGGAUGAGAGGCGAGAAGACUGAUGCCUCUUUGUUCGAGUUGGCGGUGACGAAGAUCAAUGAAGGUGGUAAUGAAUGGUUGACCAAGGAUUACUACGGGUUGGCGAAAGCGUGGUAUCGUCACAGUGAAGACAAAUCCAAGGCCAAGGAAGCUUUGGACACGGUGGAGGAUUUGGCGAUCAAAGAAAAGAUCGAUGGCUGGCAAUAA